AUGGCAGCAGCUCUGUGGGGCUGUCUGGCUCUUAUACUCGGCCACCACCGGCUCCUACAGGGUCUUCUGCAAGGGGCUGACCCAAAUACUGCUUGUCUUAGACCUGGCCUGGUGGCUGCGCAUCAACUUCCCCUACGUCUUCAUCAUAGCUUCCAUGAUGCUCAAAGUCCACAUGCAGAAAUUCAGCUUCAGCAGCUGUUCAGAGGAAGACUGGAUCUGUUCUUUGCUCCUGCAAAAGAGUGUUUUGCUGGGGUGUCCUGUGGCACUGGAGAAGCUCAGGUGAGGCACUGGCUGGGAGGAGGGCCCACUGCCACUGAGAGCCACAGAGGACAGAGCCACAAAGGAGAGCCUGGGGAGUCAGGACUACCAUCCUCUCAAAAAUGGUCAGAAAUGGGGAUUUGUGAGGCUGAACCACCAAGUGCUUUUCUGGAGAGGCUAGACUCUGAGUUGGAACUGUCUUGCCUGCAUUCCAUCCUGUCUACACUGCUGCCACAUCCCCAAAUAUUCUUGAAUGAUGAGACAAAAUGUGUUUUCCGCCAUUCAAAGCUCAUGUUUUCAGAGCAAACAGUAGAAUACAAGAAAAUGCUUUCAUGUGAAAAAAGUACCUCAAAUGAUCUGCAGAUAACACUGGCAUUACUGGCUCUACAAGCUUUUGAAUUUGCAAAUCUGUUAUGUCAUAAUUAAGGUACAAGCAGAACAAUAAAAAUAGAUUAAUUUUAAAAGUCCUAAAUGAUUUCUUUUGCAUUAAGUCUGGAUGCAAACCAUGCAGCCAUGAAGCUCCUGCUUUGGUUUGUAUGACCAGAUAGACUUAAAGUAAGUGGAAUUCAAAUUCAUGGAAAGCUGGUUGAUAUGGAAGGAAAUUUUUGACUUUUUAAUUGUGCUUGAAAGACAUUCAGGAUUGGGAAACCAUUUCAAGGAGAAUAUUGAUAUAUCCUACAUAAAUAUCAGAUUAGACCCUAAAGAUUUAACAUGAAGCAUUUAAUAUGCCUUCAACACCCAUUCUAAAGGGCUACGGUCCCAGAUACUGUCUCUCCAGACUGUCUCUGACCAUCUAAUGGAAGUAGAUAUUUGUAAAAUCAACCCCUCUGUACUUGCUC